CUUCGGAUUUAUUCUCCUGCAUGUCACAAAAGAAAAUCCAAUGCAGGACACAAAUAUCGGAUAAAUCUCAGAUAAACUCCUCCCCCAGUGAUGUCCUGAUAAAUCGGAUCCCCCUUUUGACUGCUUUAUAAAUUUCUUGCUACUUUCUCUGGAAGCUCUUCUCUGUCCGAAGAACCUAAAUCUAAAUCACAAGAGUUAUGCCCUGAUCCAAUCUACUUUAUCCAAUCUACAGAUCUGAAAGGCCAGUUGUAGGAUGGGGGAUCAGAAGGAAGUGACCAUGGUCCAGAGGUCCACUUCAUUCAGCAUCAAGAGUCUGCUGCUUCCUUCUAAAAGCGAGGAUCGAGGAGCGUUCUCACCAGCAUCCGAUUCGGAAAAGCAGAAAGAUCAGACGGACUUGGAGCGUUCUCCAGGCGCCACGGAUAAGGCGGACGAUAAAGCGGAAUCCGGCAAGAACAGCAAACUCGACAAGCCUCCAUUCAGCUACAACGCGCUGAUCAUGAUGGCCAUCCGCCAGAGUCCCGAGAAGCGUCUCACCCUGAACGGAAUCUACGAGUUCAUCAUGCAGAACUUUCCGUAUUACCGGGAGCACAAACAAGGAUGGCAGAACUCCAUCCGGCACAACCUGAGCCUGAACAAGUGCUUCGUGAAAGUCCCGAGGCAUUACGAUGAUCCUGGAAAGGGGAACUACUGGAUGCUGGACCCUUCCAGUGACGAGGUGUUUAUAGGAGGAACGACUGGGAAACUGCGCCGGCGCUCCGCCACCUCCAGGGGAAAACUGGCCUUGAAGCGCGGGCUGCGAUUCGCACCGCUCGGCUUUGGAAUGAACGACAGGGUCCCGAGCAAUCCUCUGUACUGGCAGAUCUCUCCGUUCUUCUCCCUGCAUCCCCCUUCAUACAACUCCCCAACAUCUGGAUUUCUAAACCAGAGUCAUGCUUAUGGCUCGCUCCUCCACGGGGUGGAUCAGCUGGGCAGUGGGGAGAUCGCGCGGCCGAUCCUUGGAGCUUCUGGUGGACCUCUUGGUUUUACGAACGCUUAUGGCAUGAGCUCACCUUCGGUCGGGUUGAUCCAGAGUCAGCACGGUUAUUUGGGAAACCCCCAGCAGCACCACCAGCAGCAGCAGCAAAACGUGUCCCAUUUCAAUGUCUCGACCACUUCAGCGCGCACACGUCUCUCAGACACGCUCAGGGCCACGUUACCGACUUUCCCCCCGGUAGGGUCUGGAGACCUCCCCGGGGUUUUGUCUCAGCACAAAAGACUCCUUCCUAAUUCUUAUUUAAAUUGAACCACACGUGGCUUUUGAACAUCUGGAUGUCCUGGAUGGAAUUUGAACACGCAGGAUACUGAAGGUUCCUGGAGUUUCCACCAACCAAAAAGCUUCAGCUCCACAAAAAACCCAAAGCAAAAAGUUCUUAGGAGAUCUUACUAAUGCAGAUCACAUCAACUCAAAUUGUUUCUGCUUCUGAGGAGACUUUAAAAAAACAAAAACCUUUGUGCCAAGACUGUGUCUAGAUUUGCCAAAGGUAAAGUCUAUAAAUCAUCUGUUAUUUAUAUCAUGUUCAGAUCAUUGGAAACGUUUUAAGUUGGUCAUCUGAAGACUUAUAUUUAUGUAAAAUUGUAUUUAAAUGUAAAUGAAUAAUUAAUCCUCAUUGUAUCAGUAUUAUGGAGCAGCCAAUGAAAAUAUAAAUUAUUUGCGUAAAUGUGACUGUGGACAUUCUUAUAUUUAUAUAUUUAUAUAUAAUGCAUACACACAUACAUUAAUAUGAAAUAUGAUCAUGUCCUUUAUUUAAUGUUAUAAAUGUAGUUAUAAAUUUACUUU